GCGUGCCGCAUGCGCUACGAAAAAAUGGUUCCAACCCAACGUGUCCAGCCAAUGCGCACCCAGUCUCCCAAAGCGGCACCGCAGCAUCUGCGUCGACAAGGCGCAGCUUCAGUUCACUGCAAGUAUCUGCCGCGACAGGACGUGGCCGAAUCGUUGCGCUCUCGUCCGUGCGUGUGUGUCGUUCGUAUGUCGUGAGUGUCGUGUGAUUCCGCGAGUGAUUUUGUCCCGUUGGCAUUAGUUCACAGUGCCACUCCGUGUGGUGUGUAUCCCGUUGAAGGAAAAUACGUGUAAAUCUAAGGUGGUGAAGUGUUUUAGUGAGGAAAACAGAACGUCCAGUCCGGGGUCAAAACAAACAGUGAAGUUAAGUUAUUUGCAGGUAAAACUAGUUUCAAAGCUCCGAAAAAAGUUUGCACAAAAAAGUGUCACCAGAACGGUUCGGUGUCAUCUGUUUCCUCGUGACGUAUCAACUGCACGUGAUAAACAUCCGAAAUUCAAAAGUGUCGUGUUCGAGUGGUUGGUGAGCAAAUCAUCACACAAACCGUGUCUUCUAACCAAUGAUUAAAAUUGUGUGUGUGUGAACGUGUAUCGUAAACAUUACAGUACUUCAGUGUAAUAAAUGUCUCGUGAUAAUUGCGCCCCUUUACCGAAGCGCACCGAAACCGUAUGAUGGAUAAUCCGAGCUAUGGAUCCGCUCACAUGUCCUCGCCAGCGCUGGUAGUUUUCUCGCAAGCAACGAAUGGAUUAAGUGACGCCCUGCGCAUACAACGACCCUUUCACUCUCAACUGCCCGACGCCAAGGACCUGCACCAUCUUUCACUGAUGAGCGGCUACGGGGCGCACCUUCUGCACGGCUUCCAGCCCCACUUUCUGCACCCGCUCAAUCCGGCCGUCUCGACCGCGAGCGGCACCAGCCCGUUCAGCGGUGGCGGUGCGUUCGUGAAACCGUUCCCGUCCAACCUGCCCCUCCCGUCGGCGUUUGCGCCCCCGAAAUGUCUGGGGUUCGGCAUUGAUCAAAACAUUUUCUCCAAGGGUUUACUGUUCGGUUCGUCCGGCUCGGGUUCCGAAUCCUUCCGGACGGACUCGUCCAGCCCGGCCUGUACGUCACUGUCGCCGCCCGCCAAGGAUGAAUCGCUAGAGGGCCAAACCAGCGAGGACGGCGACCGCGAGCGGGACCGCAUCUGCACCCCGGAACGGAGCCCGGAAACGCCCGGAUUUCGACGAAUCGGUCCACCGAAGAAACCGUUCGUCGGCACACCGCCACCGAACGCGUGCCCCAUCUGCGGCAUCCAGCUCUCACCAACUGACCUGGAGACCCACUUCUCGGCGGAACUGUCGCGGCUUACCAAGAUGACGACGCACGCGGAGCGUCUCGAGCUGCGGCGUACGCUGAGCGUCGACCUCCACACGGUGCAAAACAAUCUGCAGGGCCGAACGAGCCGCUGGGAGACGUUCAAAAAUAUUCGCAACAAGCGCCAGGAUCGGCUACGGGGCAAGCUGCGGAAGCGAAAGUUUGACGGCGAGGAUGGGUUCGGGCUGCAGCUGACAAACAUCAACUGCCAAUCGUGCCCGGUGUGCCACGGGCGCUUGCAGCGAACGCAGGAAGAGAUUGCGCAGCACAUUGAGGAAUGCGUGCGAAAGACUUUUACUGCUCUCUACCCUAUUCUCAAGCAACAGCAUCAGCACCAGCAUCAGCAGUCGCAACAGCAGCAGCAACAGCAACAACAGCCACAACAACAACAAACACCACCGUCCCUGCACACAUCGCAUCCCCUGCAUCCACACCACCCUCACCAUCAUCAUCUUCAGCAGCAACAGCAGCAGCAGCAACAAACGUCGCAAGCUUCACAACCCGCCAAUCAGCCGUCACCGCAGGACGAGGACGAAACGGUCGACGUGGAAAGCUACGGCGAUGAGACGUCCAACGGUGCGAUCAACAUGUCGUCGAACGUGAUUCAUCACACCAGCGCCGCGGCCAGCAUGCUCCAUCAUCCCGGAAACACGACCAGCAUUAGUAACCACAACAACAACAACAUUAUCAAACCCGACACCCCGGCCAUGACGAAGCUGGAGGAGAGUGCGAUCAGCUCGCUCAGCUCGAUCGUACCCCACUGGGACAGGAAGGCACGCCUGACGCUACCGCUUAACUGCAAACCGGGAGCAGGAGAUGAGACACGCCCCUGGACGACGGUGGUAAAGCCCCGACUGCUGGGCUCGUUCGAGGGUGGUCCCGGGGCCAUGUCGCAACCUCCCGGAGUGCCCAACACGGUAGCGGAUCAUUCGAUCACACGCGUCACACCGACGAGCAGCGAUCAGCGCAUCGACGUGGACUACGACCAGGAGCACGACCACAGUCAGGACAUGGUGACCGACAACGAUGAGGAGGUGAUCGUCGACAACACGGACGACGAGGAUUGCAUGAAGCGACCCCGGCCGGCCCCACACACCCAGCUCAAUGGACAUGGACCGCCGGGAGUUAAUGGACUCGGAGAUAAGAACAGCACCGAGGAAGCAACGUCCUCCGUGGAGAUCGAUUCGGCCACCGAUUCUAUGGCAUCGCGCACUGCCGGUACGACACCGAACUCGGACUCGUACGUCAGCACCUCGGAGUCGGCCGAACCGUCCUCGAAGGCGCAGGUCCUGGAAGAGCUUAAAGCCCGGAUACGGGAACUGGAGGGUUCACCGCACUACAAGUGUUUCAUAUGUAAGGAAAAAUGUAAAACAUUAAUCAUAUCGAAAAUCUGUGGCCACUAUCUCUGUGAGGAGUGUUGGAUAACGGAAUCGGAAUCGUCCAAAUCUUGCCCCCGCUGCAAGAUCAUCACCGCGAAUUCUGAUUUUAGAAAAAUUCAUGCUUAAAAACUGCGCUAGUAGAACAUUUUUCUUUUAUUUAUCUAGAUAACACAUGUUAGUGUAUUUAUUGACGCUAUUAUUAUUAUUAUUAUUAUUAUUAUUCUUGUACAUCGCGCAAUCGAACUGCAUGACAUCGUCAUGUCGGCUGUCCAGGCCAAAUCCAGGUCCCAGGCGCCAGCCACUGGAAUGCUAUCACAAUCGAACAAGCAAAGAACUAGACAUGCUAGCGUAAACACACACACACAGGACGGUCACAGGUCACUUCACUCCUUUGUAAAACCAAGACGGUGCCGAGUUGAUAAGCAGUUGUUGUUAGAGAGCAUCGCUCCGUUAAACACAUUAACGUCCAACGCGAGUAAAGGAACAUAUUACGAAGCAUGUGCAAUAGAUGUUGUCCCCAAGUCCCUGAUAAAAAAAAUAAGAAAAGAAAACCCACAACGAAGCGGUCACCCUUUGCGCUCUGUACAAUCUGUCCCGAGUCUCCCUCCCGAAUGUGAUGUCUUUUUCCCGAGGUGCGAGAAUGAGCGGAAACGGCGAUAAGAUUCAUGCGAGUUUGCCGUGGUAUGAAAUCGGUGCGAACUGUGCUUGCACGCAAUAUGUGUGUGCGUGUGUUUGUGUGUGUGUCGACGUUACUUCCUUUAACUCGAAUCGUUGUUAUAGAAAACAAUAAAAAAAUGAAACACCCUUAUCUGCUUUUCCCAUUAAA